AUGUCUGCCGUUACCCAGGAGUCGCUCGCAGCUGGCAUCGAGUCGCUGCUCUCCUCGCUGCCGACUUCGCUCGAGACGCUGCCGGCCAUCGAGCCGGCGCCGGCGGUGCCUACCACCGAGGCCGAGGUGGCUUCGCUCAUCGACCACACGCUGCUGGCACCCAAUGCGACGCUGGACCAGAUCGAAGCUGUCUGUGCCGAGGCCAAGCAGUACCGCACUGCGACCGUGUGCGUCAACUCGUCCAUGAUCCCCUUCGUGGCCAAGCAGCUCGCAGGCACCGCGGUGCUGCCGAUCUCUGUGAUCGGCUUCCCCUUCGGCUCUGCCAACACGGCGUCCAAGGUGCUCGAGGCGCAAACGGCGUGUGCCGAAGGUGCGCGCGAGAUCGACAUGGUGAACAACAUCGGUCUGCUGCGCUCCAAGCAGUACCUCGAGGUUUACACCGAUAUUGCGGCGGUCGCCAAGGAAUGCCACGAGCACGGUGCCAAGCUCAAGGUGAUCCUCGAGACGGCCAUGCUGACCAAGCCCGAGAUCGUCGCCGCGUCGUACAUUGCGUGUCUGGCAGGCGGCGACUUUAUCAAGACCAGCACGGGCUACGGCGGUGCAGGAGCCACCAAGGAGGAUGUGAGGCUCAUGUACGAGGUCGCAAAGACGCAGGGUCUGGGCUGGAACCCGAGCGAGAAGGAGGUGAAGGCAAGCGGUGGCAUUCGAAGCCUCGAGACGGUGCACACCAUGGUCAAAAACGGCGCCACAAGGGUCGGCGCCAGUGGCACCAAGGCCAUCGUCGAGCAGAUCCGCAACGGCGCUGCUGCCGCGCCCACUUCCGCCUCGGCAUACUAA